AUGCUCCACGGGUAAUCAAGAUGGCGGCUGACAGCAGAUUAAAAACAUUGAAAAAUACAAGUUCAGCUUUGAUCUAAAUUACGGGAUAAAAAUAGUUUAUUGUUACUAUUGAACUCCAGAAACGUAGCUAAGAAUGCGAUUUAAUGAUGACUGGGAUUAUUGGUGACGACGAGGCGGAAAUAGAGGCAGAAAUUCAACGAGAACUCGAUGAAAUUUGUGAAGACAAUAUAGAAAUUGAGGACCUGGAAAAUGAAGACUUGAUCUCGCCUUAUUUAAACGAGAAGGAUGCAGACGUGUUGCCUGAUUCGCUACAGCAGUAUCUCAGAGCUGUGCAAUCAAGAACAGAAGGUGUAGAACAAGAUGUGAGGGACUGUGAUACUGUGCUGAAUAAGCUUCCCAUAGGGGGCAUUAAUGAUGAUGAUGAACAAAUACUGGCACGAAAAAUAAAGGAGGCUCUUGGAGAUGGUUGUCAUGACGACCCACUUGACAUCAGAAAGAAGGUGCUAUCAGAAAUUGAAGAAUUAGAACAGAAUGAAGAGAAGGAAAAAAUAAGACGUGAAUCAAAUGCAGAUAAUAUGGCUAUUGAUAUUAUUAGAACAGAUAUUUCUGAUCAAAUAAGAAUUCUGGAAGAAGCUGCUGAAAAACAGCUGUUGGAGCUUGAAGAAAAACAAGCCAAUAAGAAGCAGAAGAGAAAUGAAUGGUACGAAGACAUGAAAAGAGAAGAGAAUAAGAGAAUGGAAAAAGUACAAGAGAUGAAAAGACAAAGACAACAGGAAUUGGAAACAGCACAGAAAAGAUUGAAUGAAAGUCAGCAGGUUAUACAAAAAAUGUUGGAAAAGGAAGCUGAACAAGGAAAACAAAAACUGGAUCUUCUACAACAACAAUUCCAGGUGGAUAUACAAGAAAUCGAAGAAGAAAGUAAAAAAGAGAAAGCUGCUUUGGAGGAGAUGAAAAAUCAAGAAGCAGAAUAUCAGAGAAAGAAGCAAAAUGCUGCAGCAGUGAAGAUACAGAAAACCUAUAGAGGGCACAGGGUUUAUUUACAGCACAAGAACAUUUUACAGCAACGGAGAUCAGAAAGAAUAAAGAAAUAUGAAGAAGAGUUAGAACAACAAGAACGAGAAGAAAAGAAGAAAAUGGAAGAAGUGGAAAGAAGGAAACAAGAAGAAAAAAGAAACGAAGAACUACAGGAGAAAAAGAGAAUCGAAGAAGAAAGAAAGAGAAAAGAAGAACAAUGGAAGCGGGAACGAGAGGAAGAGAAGCAAAGAGAAGAGGAAAAGAAGAAAUUGGAACAAUUGAAAAAAGACGAAGAGAAGAAAAAGAAAAUAGAAGAGGAGAGAGAAGAACAGAAAAGAAGAGAAGAAAAACGAAAAAUAGAAGAACUGAAAAAAGAAGAAGAGAAGAAAAGAAAAGAAGAAGAGGAAAGAGAAGAACAGAAAAGAAGAGAAAAAAGAAAAAUACAAGAACUGAAAAAAGAAGAAGAGAAGAAACAAGAAGAAGCAAAGAAGAAAGAAUUGGAACUGAUAGAAAAACGAAAGAAAGAAGAAGAAGAGGAAAGAAGAAAAGCAGAAGAAAAGAUAAGAGAAGAUGAACUUAGAAAAGAAAUAGAGAGAAAGAAAGAAGAACAGAAAAGAAUCGAAGAGGAGAAAAAAACUGCUGCUAGAAGAAAAAAAUUAGAAGAAAUUGAAAAACAAAAAAUGAAAGAGGAAGAGAAGAUGAAAGAAGAACAAAGGGAAAGUGAAAAAAAGAAAAUGGAAAACAAAAGUGGAAACCCAGACAUCAAUAGAAACUCAACCAAACUUGAAGGAAGUGAAGAAAUUCAAAAUUGUUUGGGGUUACGCCAUUUAGAGGAAAGAAGACUACAGUGGGUGCAAGAAUAUUUGAAUGUCAUGGUUUUUAGUUCUACCACAUCAGAAGACAGAGUGCAGCCUGUAGCAAAGAUGAAAUCAAGGCAACGACCAAGAAGGCCAUUUUCAGCAAGUAAAAAUUUACCUUCACUAACAGAAGAACAACUGCUUCAAGCUUCACCACCAAUGACUACACUAAAUAAGGUUGUGAGAGUCUGCGUUAGUUCUCUGCCUGCAUGUAAUAUGCAUGGGGUUAAGCGCUGUCCAGAUCUUCAGUCCCUCACCAUUCAUAACUGUGGGUUGAUGGCUGUGGAGAGUAUAGAGGAAUGUACCAGUAUCAGAGAAUUAAGAGUACAGGAUAACUGUAUAGAGUAUGUCAGCUGUAGAGGUAUACAUAACUUAGAAGAGAUACAACUAAAUAACAACAACUUGACAUCAGUACAAGGAUUUGAUGGCUGCAGGGGACUGCGAUGUCUAUACCUUUCAAAUAACAAGAUAACUAGACUUGGGGAUUUGUCAUCUUGUUGCAAACUUCAGACCCUUUGUCUCGACAGUAAUCAGCUUAUCAUGACUAAGGGAUUAUUAAGCCUUCCAAACUUACAGUCUCUAAGCUGUGCAAACAACCACCUGCCAAAUGUCAAAGAGAUUGACAGCUGUCAGUUACUACAGUCUUUAAAUCUACAAGGGAACAAUCUCCAACAGCCCCCUGUGCUGUCAAACCAUGUACUCCUGAGAGAACUAAGAUUAGAUGACAACAGUAUCUCUACACUAGAACCCUUGUCAAAAGUGUGGCUGCCAUCACUACGUCUGUUAUCAGCAAGUCAAAACAGUAUCUCAAAACUGGAUUCCCUGGAGGGGUUGAUUAUGUUAGAGACACUGGAUGUCAGUCAUAAUCUUAUCUCAGACCUAGACUGGCUCAUACCAGGAUUGUCUCAGUGUAGAGAACUAAAGGUCUUGAGGAUAGCAGGAAACCCUGUAAAUGAAGACCCAGAUUGCAGGAAAGCAAUCGUAGAAUCUUUGGCAUUUUUAACGAAACUAGACGAUGAGUCACUACAACCAAAGAAAUCUUCCAGUGAAGGUCAUUCCUCUUCAUUCAUUACCAUGUGUCUUAACCAGCUAACAGAGUACGAUAACAUGAUGGCUCGACAUGACACGGAACUGAGCUCAUUCAGUGAAAGCGAAGUAGACCCCAAGAAGGUUCAAGAACGAUUAAACAUUAAGAUUGGCUGAUGAUUCAAGUAUCCUUACUACAGCAGCAAUCAAGAUCCAGUCUGUAUGGCGUGGAUGGUACGUUAGACACCUGAUAGACUUACAAAUGAACAAGUGGUUAGCAGCUGUGACAAUACAAGCAGCAUGGCGUGGGUACCGUGUACGUUCUCGCAUGAGAAAGUCACGUGUCUCCCGAGCACGCAAAGCAUUGUGGGAUGCACGUGAUCAUGCGGCAGCUACUACGAUACAGGCUUGUUACCGUGGCUACCGGGCCCGGAAGCGUAUAGCAAGUGCAUUGCAGGCUGUCAAUUACUACAACGAUGACGAUGAUGAUGAUGAUUUUAACUAUGACGAAGAAGUGGAUCUAUCAGCCUUUGAUUAUGACUCAGGACUUCUAGACGAAGGAUGGACACCUACAGACACACCUCAGCUACCAUCAAGGGGUGUGAGGGAUCCAUCGACAGCUGAACUGAUGUGGAAGCGAGCCAACAGGAUGAAGUACAAUCCAGCACGAAAAAGAAAGUUACUUGAUCCCAAUAAACGUCUCGCGUUGUUCAAGAAACUCGAUGAAGCCAAUAAACUACGUGAAGUAAAACCACCUCCAAAGCGUCAGCCUCAAAGAGUUGAUUAUUUUGCCGCACGUGAUUCUUCAAUGUUACCUUCGGGAUCCAACACUCCGACAUUAGAACGACAGGCAAAAGCGCAAAUGACCUACAGUUGGGUGUACAAUCAAGGUGUGAUACAUGUUGACCAAGAUGAACCAGGACGGCUUGGUUUGACUAAAGACUACUCUACUGAACCUACGAAAACCAAGAAAUCACCCGGCAAAAGAUACCCUUCCAAGUCCAGAUCACCCAUCAGUCUGCCCCAGAUGGAUCCAGUAGCCUUAACUGGUAGAAAUGUACCGCUUGUGUCUAGUCCAGCCCUCAUACGAGAGCAAAUAUCAAAGGACAGUACACCGACGACCAGGCGUUACUCUUCUGCAUCAGAACAAAUCCACUUUCCUCCAAUUAAAACUUACUCCGUGCCCAACCUUACAGCCAGGUCGGCGGCAUCAGAAGCCAGCAGUCUCAGCCCUGAAAAGAGUAACAGCGCAGGCGCAAGAAUGACCAAGGAAAGAAAACGAAGAUGACGACAAGUUUCUACAAACAUCUGGGGUCAGCAGCACUACUAGAGUAACAGCGCAGGCGCAAGAAUGAACAAGGAAAGAAAACGAAGAUGACGUAACAAAUGUCUACAAACAUCUGGGGUCAGCAGCACUACCAAAGAGUAACAGCGCAGGCGCAAAAUUAGCCAAAGAAGGAAAAUGAAGAUGACGUCGAGUGUCUACAAACAUCUGGGGUCAGCAGCACUACCAAAGAGUAACAGCGCAGGCGCAAUAGUAGCCAAAGUACUC